UCAAGACGAUGGCCAUGCGCGGGUCCAGCCUCUACACGGGAUACGCGAUUGUGGGCGGGGGUGCGUCUCAAGCUGCUAGCUAUACGGAGAAGCUCAGCAAGUCCUGCAAGGAGUACUUUGAGUCCAAGGGGCAGGCGGAUGAGGAGGUUGCAGCGGCAAUGGAGGGCGUAAGGGGUAGGUCCACCCAAUGCACCCACUUGCAGUACGUACUGGAGGCGGGGCUCUUGUACAGCAAGGACGGGCAGGGACAGUACCCUAUCGACUUGCUGAACAAGUGCCCUAUCAAGGGCAAUGCUGGUAGGGCCGCCACGAGGAUGCGGCAGUCCAUGUACUUGCAGUACGCUGGGCGCCUUGGCGCGCUGUGCAAGAAGGAUGCUCCAAUCGCACCGUUGGGGCUGCUACUGGCGGUGGGAGCUUCAUCCUCGUACAGGGAAGCUGGGGAGCUUAUCAACCAGUACCGGGCGGCUAGGAAAUCUGGCAAUCCGCCCGCUCGGCCAGUGGUGGCAUUGGCGCGGCGCUUCUUUGGCAUCGCGCCGGAGCCUCCGUCCGUCAACACAAUCCCCAACACGGCUGGUGGCGUAGGCGUUCGGAUUGAGGUCGACGGAGGUGGCGGUGCUGCUGGUGGCGCCACAGGCGGUGCCGCAGGGGGUGCUGGAGGUGCUGGUGAGGGAGUGGCCGCGCCCUUGGAUCAAGGUGCGGCCCAGCCUGGUGCGGCGGCCACCACAGCGCACAGCGACGAAGAGG